AAUGCAUGCUAGCCCACUAUGGUGGUGGUUUAUGGUGCUUACAAUGACUCUAAAUCUUCAUGAUGAUGGUGCACGUCGUUGGGCCUAUGUACACGCUUGCAAACGCAAGGACAGUGAAAUGCCAAAAGCCGAGAUACCGGGACCGAAAAAACCCCGUUUAGUCUUCACCGAUAUUCAAAGGCGAACACUAAUGGCAAUCUUUAAGGAAACAAAGCGACCGUCAAAAGAGAUGCAGGCAACAAUUGCAGAACAACUCGGUCUAAAAGUAUCGACAGUCGCCAAUUUCUUUAUGAAUGCUAGACGACGGUCCCUUGAUAAGUACACUGAUGCCAACGACGUGGUGCAGGCGGCCUGUAAUGAUACAAUAGCGGCCGAAGCUGCUGAGCAGCAGCAACAGCACCACCAUAAACAAAACAAAAAACAAAACAAAGCUGUACAUAUUCUAGAUGACAUAGAUGAUGACUGGUGCUUGGUGUUUACAGCGUGCAACCGCAAAGAAAUUGAGCCCCACUGCAAUCCGCCAACGAAACAGACGAAAAAGCCUCGUUUUGUCUUCAAUGAAGUACAACGCAGGACGCUACAUGCAGUAUUCAAGGAGACAAAACGGCCGUCGAAGGAGAUGCAAGCCAGUAUUGCUCAACAACUCGGUCUCAGCGUUACAACCGUCGCCAACUUUUUCAUGAAUGCUAGAAGGCGUUCACUUGAUAAGUGGGAAGACGGUCUGGGCAACAAUUAUCGAAGCAGCGCGGGUAGUUCGAACUUACACGCUGCUACAGCAUCUGCACCUCCACCGUCACAUGCCCAGCAUCAUUCUCACGGUUCUCCUUGUACUGCCGCCGUCGUUGAAGCAGGAGGAGGAAUAGAACGUGAUCGGUCUCCGGAGGGCGGCGACUUGUUACACCAUAGCACCAGCGCCUGA